AUGAGCCAUCACUGCCACGACGAACACUGCGAUCACGAUCACGACGACCUUCCAGGUGCUGGUGACCAGUUUUUAUUAUAUUCUCGAAUCGACCGUGACAAUGUGCGUUGCAUGAAUGAAGCUGAACCUGGAAUGGGAAAGGCUGUUAUUAAACCUUGGAAUGAACGGCUGGAUAAUACAAAGUUUCUCGAAAGCGAUGCUGAUGAGCAAUUGAUUGUUUUUGUGCCGUUCACGGGUACUGUCAAGUUACGAUCCAUUUGUCUUCGAACCGAUCGAACAGAUGCUGCACCUUCAUCAGUCAAAGUAUUCAUCAAUCGAGACGAUGUUGACUUUGACGUUGUGGAAAGCUAUACUCCUGUACAAACGUGGGAACUCGUGGAAGGAUCCGAUGACGUGGUUGAAUACGCAACAAGGAUCACCAAGUUUACCAACGUACGCAACAUUACGCUCUUCUUCCCCGAUAAUUUUGGAAAUGAUACAAGCAUCAUACGAUUUAUUGGAUUCAAAGGCGAGUGGUCAGAGAUCAAACGCGAUCCAAUCAUAACAGUAUACGAGGCCAGUGCAAACCCUGCAGAUCACAAGACACCUUCUGGAGAAAACAAGAUGAACUUUUCUAUUCAAUAA